AUUAGGUGAGGUUUGGUUAAAGUGUGACUGGACAUUGGUGUGCACUAUAGGCAGGCUUACAGUGUAGGUCAAAAGCAUUACCUUAUAAACGGGCAGUAUAUAUACAGGCAGGAGGAACAAAACACCACAUCACAGACAUUCAUCUGUCAGCCAUGCGUGUCAUCAACAUCGGUCCAGACCCAUCUCUGGCAUAUCGGCCAAAUUUGGACGUGGAUAAAACCAAAGAAAAGGAAGACUACAGAAACUUCAAGAGUGGAAAUCUCAUUGACCGUGUGUUCAACACAUACAAGCUGAUGCACACCAAUCAGACGCUGGACUUUGUGAAACAAAAACACUCUGUAUGGGCCAGCUGCAACCAUGAUCAUAAGAGGAUGAUGGACGCCAUCAUGUCUCUAGACCAGCUGGUGGACGAGUCCGAUCCUGAUGUGGACUUCCCCAACUCCUUCCACGCCUUCCAGACUGCUGAGGGCAUCCGCCAAGCACACCCGGACAAAGACUGGUUCCAGUUGGUGGGUCUGAUCCAUGAUGUUGGAAAGACAAUGGCUUUUUGGGAUGAACCCCAGUGGGCUGUAGUUGGUGACACCUUCCCAGUGGGCUGCAAGUUUCAAAACUCCAUUGUCUUCAGAGACAAUACCUUUAUGGAUAACCCCGAUGAGAAAACUUUCAGCUACAAGUUGGUAUUUUCAUGUUACAUUAGCAAAAUAUGUGCUUGAAGGUCUACCCCUUACCCUAA